UUUCCUAGCAACCAACGGUAUCCGGAUAGAAUGGCAAAGUUUGUGCUUGCUGGUAAGACAGACUGUCCUCAUUAUGCCAAAGCGGAACUUUUGGCAGACGCUCUACAGCGAACUCUGCCAAACUUCAGGACCCAUAAGAUCUCCAUCCUCCCAGAUGAAUGGAAGGAUUGGCUGGAAGCCACCUGCAAAAGAAAUGGCUGGAAACACGAGAAGUCCCCUUUGGUUUGGAGGGAACUGGUCGACCAAGGAGGCAAAGGGAUGCUCUUAGGGGGCUUCAGUGACUUCCUUGAGCAUUGUCAGGGCUAUUACAGCGUCACAUCAGACAUGCCUACAGAUAUGAUGCUGAGUGUUGCAGCAGAGAAUCUGGAGACCAAGAUGAACCUUACUGUGGAGGAAAAGCACCGCGCCAGUCUCAUCAAACCUGUUCACAUAUGGAUCAGCAGUGCUCUCAGCCCAACCUGCCACUUCCUGAUCCCGAAUCUGCUCUCCGCUGAAGUGUUCCCCCACGUUGCUGCAAUCAGCCUCCACUUGCUGGACCUGGAGGGGGGCGAGGAGGGAUUGCAAGGGCUGAAGAUGGAGACGGAGGACCUGGCACUUCCUCUGCUCCAUCAGGUGAGCAUUCACACUGAUCUGGAGCAAGCCUUCCGAGAAGCAGAUGUCGUCCUCCUGCUGGAUGAGUGGUGGUCUGGUGACAGUGAUGAAGACAGUGAGGGUGAGCAGGAGGAGAAGAAGAAGAAGAAAGUAAAGGAGAUCUCAGAGUGCUACACAGAGUACGGACAGCUGAUUGAUGCAAGGGCCAACAAGGAGGUGAAGGUGAUUGUGUGCGGCGACUCAUUUGUCAACCUGAGAUGUUCGCUUCUUGUGGACAAUGCCUGCUCCAUCAACAGCAACCAGUUUGUCACCAUGGCAACUCAGGUGGAGAAUGAAGCCAGGGCCAUAAUGGCAAAGAAGCUGAGAGUGAAAGCAUCAGAUAUUACAGAUGUCAUCGUGUGGGGAAAUAUCAGCGGCAGGUUCUACAUUGACCUGCAGAGGGCAAAGGUUUUCAACUAUGAUGGGGCAAUCAAAGGACCAGCUUUCUUUUCCCAGUCACUCGUAAAGAUUUUUUAUGACAGGAAGUGGCUGGAGACAGACUUUCAAGACUUGGUCUGUUGUCAGCGUGCAGCUGUGGCUUCAAAGACACGGCAAGCAGCUGCCAUGUCAGCUGCCAACGGGAUCCUGACUAUCGUAAAAGCUUGGAAUGGCACCUGCAGUCCAGAUAAAGUCUUCUCUCUGGGUGUACUAUGCCCGGGCUACUACAAUCUCCCAGACGGCAUCAUCCUCUCAGUUCCAGUUACCUUCACGGACGGCAAAUGGUCCGUGCUAUUUGAUGCGACUGUUAGUGAUGAGCUGAAGGAGCGACUUCAGCUUUCUGCCAGUGAACUCAUGCAGGAAAAAGAACUUGCAUCAGAAAAUGGCACGAUUACGAAGGAGGGAGACAGCUGACUUGACUACACAGACUAAAAACACAGGUUAGAAGUAGAUGAUCAAAGGAAAUAAUCCAAAUUAAUUUCAGUACCACGUCUUAAGUUUGUUUCAGUUUGUUCUUUUAUUCUCUUACUUUCACAUGUGGAGUUGCAGUUUUAUUUGACCAGUUUAAUCACAAUAAAUCUUUUCUGCUUCGUGAAACUUGUCCGUAGCCAUGUUAUAUUUUUAGAUGUAAAAGAUCAAACUGAGUACUUUAUGGAAAAAGGAGAAAUUAGAAAAUAUAUUCCUUUUUUAAAAUUGUACAGUUCAGUAAGUGCCUUUUUUAUAUAUAGUUCAAGAAGCAAUAUUUUAAGCAUAAAACACACUACUACCAUACACAAACUAGUCUGUUAAUAUCCUUCUCUAAAUCUGAUGUUAUCACUUGCAACCCAUUUCCAUUUGCAGCUGGGUAGUCUUUUAAAAAUGAGGACACAUCAAAACUUCCAUCCCCCUUGUUGGUAAUUAAAUAUCAAACUGAAUUUAAUGGGCUCUUUUAACCUGAAACAUUCAAAUUGACUUUUUUUCUCACAAAUUGUGCAGUACUUUGUCAGCUGACAAGGAGAACUUGAACAGAGUGCUGUUUUUACAUGCAGAAUAUACACGUUCCUUUUUUUUUUUUAGCAUUUCUACACUAUACACAAGGAGGCAUUGACUGAAAAAAGGAGAAGUUAGUACAAAUACAAUGCACUACGACAAGUCGGGAAAUGGACGCAUAAGUCUGUUAUAUUCAAUUUGUACAACCCACCCCUGAGAUUUGGAUGCUGAGUGGUUUUACAAAA